AUGUUAGCAAGGGAUCAAAAUUUACUUACCGCUCCUACUAAGUAUAAUGUUGGGAAAUAUGGCGUUCUUAUAACAGAAUUUGAAAAAAUCGCGUUACAAGCCUUGCAAACCCCAGCUUCCAAAUCAUGCCUUGUGGUAGAUGAAAUUGGCAAAAUGGAAUUUUUCAGUCUUCCUUUUAAAAAUAAAAUAAGUGAAAUCUUUUCCACUGACAAUGAUUAUAUUGUCCUUGCGACUAUACCGAUAAGGAAAAGUGAUCCAUUAAUUGAACUUAUACGAAAUAAUAAUAAGUCCAGAGUAUGGGUGGUUACAAGAGAGAAUAGGAAUACAUUACAGGAAGAAAUUACCAAAGAAAUUAAAUCCGCCCUUUUGUAA